GGUGAGGGUCAGAAAAUGAACGCCUCCUCCUGUUGUGAUCCUUCAGUCAUCAUGUAUCAGCAGAGCAUCAGAUCUGACCUCAAUGCCAGCUGUGGCUGGGUGGCUCCUCCCUGUAACUGGACAUCAGUGGACACAGUGCCGCAGCUGCCUACCUUUUCUACAGCAGCCAAAGUCAGAGUGAUCAUUACCUUUAUCCUGUGUGGCAUUUCCACUCUCUGCAAUUUGGCUGUGCUGUGGGCAGCCAAUGGCCACAAGCGCAAAUCCCACGUCAGAGUGUUGAUAAUCAACUUGACUGCAGCUGAUCUCUUGGUUACCUUCAUUGUGAUGCCCGUGGAUGCCGUGUGGAACAUCACAGUUCAGUGGCUGGCCGGUGACCUGGCCUGCAGAUUCUUGAUGUUCCUCAAACUACAGGCCAUGUACUCCUGUGCCUUUGUCACAGUGGUGAUUAGUCUGGACAGACAGUCAGCCAUCCUCAACCCCCUGGCCAUUAGCAUGGCGCGGAAAAGGAACAGGGUCAUGCUGACGGUAGCGUGGACCAUGAGCGUCUUGUUCUCAAUCCCUCAGAUGUUUAUUUUCCAUAAUGUGACCAUCACGUAUCCAGCCAACUUUACUCAGUGCACUACAAGGGGGAGCUUUGUCACUCACUGGCAGGAAACUGCCUACAACAUGUUUACCUUCUCCUGCCUCUUCCUGCUGCCACUGGUCAUAAUGAUUAUCUGCUACACCAGAAUCUUCAUCCAGAUCUCCAAGCGGAUGGCCAAAAAGAGCUUGUCUUCUAAUGAGCCACACCUACGUUGUUCAAAGAACAACAUCCCCAAAGCGCGAAUGAGAACUCUGAAAAUGAGCAUCGUCAUAGUGAUCUGCUUCAUAGUCUGCUGGACACCGUACUACCUGUUGGGUUUGUGGUAUUGGUUCUUCCCAGAUGAUUUGGAGGGAAAGGUCUCCCACUCCCUUACCCACAUUCUGUUCAUCUUUGGUCUUUUCAAUGCCUGCCUGGACCCCAUCAUCUACGGGCUGUUCACCAUACGCUUCCGCAAGGGGCUGAAGAACUGCUAUGGCAAAGCCACAGUGAUGUCAGAUAAGGAAACUAACAAGGUGAAAAUGGAGUCUUUGAAAUGUACUGCCACUGCUUUACCCUGUAAAAGAGGGAUGGUCACCGGUGAAAAGCAGAUCAGCUGCGGACAGGCUGAGCCAAAAUCCACUGAUGACAGGUGUCCAACUGUGUUCAGUCAAGGAGAAGGAGGACAGCCUUGCCACUUCAGAGCUGAGAGCAUAAUAUGAUGAA